AUGUUAGGCUGCAGUGUAUUUUUUCUAGUUUUCGUGAACAUUGGACAAACGAAGGGAACGGAUGUAGCCGGGAAACUAAAUCCCCCUUCCCCCGUGAAUCCCUUCACCCCGGGGGACUCAAAGUGGUGCGCGUUUAAAAUGGGCGGGAAUGUGGCCCGUUUUGAGGUGCUUCCCGGCCUCGGCUGGGACAAUCUCCAGAAUAAGGACGCUGGGAUGCUGUUCCAGUACAACUACUCGGAGUGUCGGACGACGGACGACGGUCGGUACCUGAUUCCUGAUGGAGUCUUCACGGUCCCCCUCAAAUCCAGUCAGUUAGAGGUAUUCGGAGAACUGUUCCAGCACUGGAUCAACUUUACAUCAACUACUUCCUCUUCCAUCAAUGCAGAGGCCGGACUACACAUUGGAUCCUUCGGAAUUAGCGGGAAAUAUUCCCACGAGUCGGAGAGCGUGCGCAAACACCAAAUUCUGGACAGGUCCGUGACGACGCGGGUACAGGCGCGGUACGCUCGCUACUCCGCCCUCCUACAGCCCGACACCCCCCUCAACCCGGCGUUCAGAGACCGACUCCGAAACAUCGCUUACUACAUACAAACAAACAAAACCAACAUGGCCCGAUACCAGAGUCAAUUGUUAGUGCGGGACUACGGAACACACAUCAUUUCCGGUGUGCAGGCAGGCGCCAUCAUCUCUCAGCUUGACCAGAUUAAGACGACGUUCAGUAAUAGCUACAGUAUGGAUCGCCGACAAGUCGUGGCCGCGGCCAGUGCCUCGUUUAUGAGCGUGUUUAACGUCGGCGCCGAGUACAAACACAGCACGUCUACUGAAGUCAUCGACCAGUAUCUAGGGAAUCGAACAAACUCGAUUAUCCGCGUAAUUGGAGGACCAGUUUUCCAACCGAAAAAUUUUACGUUGAAUCAGUGGGCCUCUGGUUUGAGCGAAGAUCUGGUAGCGGUAGACAAGUCUGGAUAUCCUAUCUAUGAGCUGAUUUCCGCCCAGACACUUCCUGAACUCCCGCCUUCAAUCCUGUUUCCUUUGGUUCAAACCGUAAAGAGUGCGGUGGAGGAGUAUUAUAAAUUCAACAUCUACAGAGGGUGUACCAAUCUGGACUCGCCCAACUUUAGUUUUAUUGCAAAUGUAAAUGACAGUACUUGUGAAAGUCCGAAAACCAACUACACGUUCGGAGGAGUUUAUCAGAAAUGCAAACAGUCGAGGCAACUCAGUCAGAAUCUCUGUAACGGACUUGUCCAGAAAAAUCCUCUCACUGGAGCACAGUCGUGCCCCAGCGGCUAUGAGAGUGUUCUACUGAACGAAGGCACAAGAUCCGCCACCGAAACCCGGAGUAGUUCUUAUUCUUGUGGAAUUUUGUGGCUGUGGCACUGUAGUAAAAAUUACAAUGUCUACGGGAGCGCUAAAUAUCAGUCAUUCUGGUGCGUCGCGCAGGGUCACGUGGGUCAGCAAUCUGGAUUCCAGUUUGGUGGGAUAUAUACAAACAAGAUCGAUAACCCGCUGACCCAGUCCCGCGGGUGUCCCCUCUAUUUCUACCCCCUGAAACUCGGUCUUGGUAUGCAAGUUUGUGUCAGUGAUGAUUAUGAGCUAGGGUUUCGCAAUUCCGUACCUUUCGCUGGUUUGUUUAGCUGUAUGACCGGAAAUCCACUCGCCGUUCAUCAGGAUACAUCGUUUAAAAAUCCAGAUAUGUUGCACUCUCUCUCCUCUUACCUUAAAGCGUCGAAUAACUGGCCGCGGGGUUGCCCGACUGGGUACAGCAUGCACUUAGCGACGAUAGAAAACUCCUGUGAAAUCAACUACUGUGUGAAAGCUAACGCCUUCUCCGACAAAGGACUUCCGCCCGUCAGACGUCCGCCAUUUAUGGAUUUGCCGGGAGACGCCUAUGUGGAUUCUGGAAAUUCCGAGGAAUUAUACAUGAUCAGUAGAGGCGGACAGACUUGGAUCGAUUUGACGAAACAACCCAAUUACGCAGAAAAGGCAGACCGCGGGGGCGACUCUCAGGGAAAUGAAGACGGUCUCUCUUCCGGUUCCACUGCAGCCAUCGCCAUAGUGAUCACAUUGGUUGUCUUAGCAACCGUAGGCAUGUUUAUGUAUAGAAGAUAUCAGAGAUCAAGACAUCUUUAUAACAGAAUGCCCAACUAUGAAACUGAAGCUGCGAACCGGCGAGAAUACGGGGCGACUGGACAGACUGAAGACUCCUCCCAAACAGCCUGA